CUCCCGGGCUGACCUGGGAGAUGACCUCUCGUUUCCCGUACCCUUAUUUGCUCGCGGCCACUCCACCAGACCGGGCACGAAGGCAGGGUGUGGAGUUCUGCCUGGGUCUAUCCAGUGCCGAACACUGACCUGAAGGGGAUGCUGGCGGAGCGCCAAAUCGUUUCCUUCCCCCAUGCCCAUUUCCCAUAAAGCACCCAGAGAUGCUCCUGGGUGCGGCUCCUCCCGGUGCCCUCCUUCUCCCGUUCGAGGGGGGAGGAGCGAGGCGCUGCCCAAGCGCUCUGAGGGUUCCAGGCUCUCCAGCUCGCGCUCAGAGAAGCAGGGAGAGAAGAGGGAGGCUCGUUAUUAACUCCCUGCCGUUGCCUCGGCCCUCUGAGCCGGCCCGUCACCCGACCCGGCCGCGCGGGCCGCGAUGCGUGAAAGGAACAGGACUGCCAAGGCCGACCCUCCUUUUGCCGGGCGGAUCCCUGGAGAGGGACAGACAACGGAAGAAACAGGUCCGACCCUUUCCUGACUCGGCCCUUGGAAAAGAUGAGCUCGGAAACCACGCGCAGCUCCAGCUGGCGCUGGUUGGCGCCCUCCCUCUGGGCCUCCCAGUGGACCGCGAAAACGUCCACCCACUUGACGUACCACCCUUGCUCCGUCUGGACGUCGGCGUGCCCGCUCUGCAAGGGCCAAGGGCCAGAGUGGGCUCGGGUGGUUCAGGAGCCCCCGUUGGCGAUCCAGAUCCAAUCAGCUGAUCCUUGGGGAAGGAAAGUCUUCCAAACUUCCACGCCGAGGUGGCGCUCCAUAGACUGGGACGACCCGUGGCGCCUCAGACAAGAACUUUACCUACGCUCCCGUUUUGGCCGGAGCUUCACGGCCAAGGGGAAGUUGUUGGAGAAGCAGGAGCUGCUGGCAGCCUCCGUGGGCAACUUGGAGUGGCUGCAUCAGUGCCUGAAGUACCAGAGGGACAUCCGCACGGACCGCAGGGGCUUCACGGCCCUUCACUUGGCAGCCGAGCACUGCAAGCUGAACUGCAUGAUGGCGCUGGUGGAGCAGUACAAGUACCCCGUGGAUAUAACCACGGCCAAAGGCUGGACUCCCCUUCACCUGGCCAUUAAUAAGGGCGUUCCAGCCGAGUCCCUUGAGUGUAUUCGGUACCUUUUGAAGGCGGGAGCUUCGGUGAAUGCCCAAAAUCACAAUGGCACAGCCCCCCUGCACCUGGCAUCUGGGGAGGGCAUGCUGGACGGCAUAAAAGUCCUGGUGGAAGCUGGGGCCAACGUACAUCUCAUGGACAACAGUAAGCGGAAAGGCCUGGAUUUAUGCAAGUUAUGGAACCACCGAGACUGUGCCCGGUUCCUGAAGGACGCCAUGUGGAAACAAGACAAGAAAGAACUGGCUGAAGAGAUGUAUCGCCUGAAGCAGCUUAAAGAGAAAUUGCGGACGAUGCAGGAAAAAUACCUCUUUAAAAAGAAGAAAGAGAAGGAAGCCCGGAACGAAAUCGCCUUCGUCCAAUGGCUCCAAACUAAGCCUCUAGCCAAACUGCCCGAGAUUAAAACCCCGGAGCCCGCCCAGGUCAGGAAGGACUGGGUCGAGGUUAAGGAGGCGCCUCCCCGGGGUAGGAAGGUGCUCUCAUGGGUCGAGAUGGAGCCUCCCCGGCUUAGGAAGGAACUCGGGCGGAUUAGGAAGGAGCCUCCCGCGGUUCCGAAGGAGGCCCCGCACGCUAAGAAGGCCGCCCAGACCCCGAAGCCUCAGCCCCCGCGGAGGCCUCAGCCGCCCAGCAGGAGGGGCUUCGCUGUGACUCCCCGAGUCCGCAGAAGCUUCCGCCCCAUGAAGAGAGUCAAGCCUACCCGGCCCGCGGGCUCCUCCUCAACCGCCCGUCCCUCUGAAAACACCCCAGUCUCGAGCCAGCCCGCCACCUCCCGCUCCCGGCCCUCGUCCAGCCCCCAGACCCUGCGCAGUCCCCGGCCCUCCUCCAUCCCCGCGUCCGCGGCCCCCUUCUCGUCCGGCUCCGCUCCCAGCUCCGCGGUGGGCCGCUCCCGAGAGUCCAGUCAGCUCCAGUCCAUCGGCGAGUUGUCCAGCCGCUCCCGGGUCGCCCCCACCGUCUGCUCGGCCAGUUCCCAGCAGCGCCCCGCGUCUUACGCGUUCUUGCGGAGCCUCUGCGAGGUUCCGCCGGAGGCUGAGCAGCCUAGGCCCAAGUGGUCCUCGGUCGCCCGCCUGCCGCGGGACCGGCUGUCCCUGCUCCACCUGUACCUGGAGGAAAUCCCCCAGGAACCCCCGCAGCUCUCCUGGAGGGCCAAGUGGAACCCGAGCACCAACCUCGCGUCGCGGCCCGUCACCCAGAUCGCCUUCCCGCAGGGCGUGCGCCUGGGGGUGCAUCCCGAACCCCCGAUCCAUUACAACUUCCAGGGUUUCCUCAAGUUCUUCCCCGACGGCGAGGGCGGGGUGCUCAUCGAGACGAUCGAAGGCGACUGGAUCUUCCCGGUGCCCCGGCUGCCCUUCCAGGUCCUGUGGCGAGAGCUGUGCCAGUGGCCGGAGCGUGAGCGCCUGGCGGGGCCCGGGGGCCCGAAGAACUUCUCCGCCGAGGACCUGCCCGUCAGGCCCUACGUCAUCGAAAACUACCUCUGCUCGGACUUCGUGGCCAUGAGCCUCCGGCAAACCUUCGACGCUGCCUUCAUCGCCUUGGUGCAGAGGCACCGGGGCUUCCCUCCCCUCCCUCCCGCCUCCCCCAGCUCCCCAGCUCCCUCCUCCUCCUCCACCUCCACCUCGAUCGCUCUCCGGCAGUGCUUGGCUCUUCUGUUCUCAGAGCCCCCGGUCCGAUAAAAUCAUUUGAUUGCCCUUCCCUUCUGCCAGUAA